AAAGAAGUUUGCUUUGGCCACGCCUCAAGGCUGCCGCCUCCUCCUGCCCCCCUCCUCCGCCCCUGGGCGCACACCUCUGGGUGCAGAUUGCAAAGCGCCUUUCCUUGCGAGAAGUGCAAAAUUUUCAAGAGCCAGAGGUUCGCCCAGCUGGUACAGAAGGAGCGCGCGCCUGUGUCUCUUGGGGACUCUGAGUUGCAAAGAGACAGCUGCUUGGUCCCCACUCGCCCUGACUAUAGGAUCCUCCCAGGACACUCGGAAGUUGCACCUUUCUGCAGAGAGAACUGGCUGACCCUCAGAGAUCUUAGGAUCUGCAGCGAUCGGAUACUGGAGGCUUGCACGCCACUCGCUCCCGACCCAGGGACACACUCGCCCGAACCGCAGGAGUGUGCAGGUCUCCUGAAGGAAAAGGAGCGGAAGGCGACUCUGCCCUCAGCUCCCGUUCCGGCACCGGGCCUGGAAACGGCUGGCCCAGCCGAUGCCCCGACUGGGGCGGUUGGUGGCGGUGGGUCCCCGCGGGGGCGCUCAGGGCCGGCGGCUGGCCCGAGUCUUUUUGCGCCGCUGCUGUGGGAACGCACUUUGCCUUUCGGCGACGUGGAGUACGUGGACCUGGACGCCUUCCUGCUGGAGCACGGGCUCCCGCCGAGCCCGCCGCCCCCCGGGGCCCUGUCGCCGGUACCCUCUCCGGCACGCACGCCCGCGCCCUCCCCGGGGCCCGGCUCUUGCGGCUCCUCUUCCCCCCGCUCGUCGCCGGGGCACGCCCCCGCGCGGGCUACGCUGGGAGCCGCCGGCGGCCACCGCGCAGGCUUGACCUCCAGGGACACACCCAGUCCUGUGGACCCAGACUCCGUGGAGGUGCUAAUGACCUUUGAACCUGAUCCAGCUGACCUUGCCCUGUCAAGCAUUCCAGGCCAUGAGACUUUUGACCCUCGGAGACACCGCUUCUCAGAGGAGGAACUGAAGCCUCAGCCAAUCAUGAAGAAGGCAAGGAAAGUCCAGGUGCCUGAGGAACAGAAGGAUGAGAAGUAUUGGAGCCGGAGGUACAAGAACAAUGAGGCAGCCAAGAGGUCUCGAGAUGCACGAAGACUCAAAGAGAACCAGAUAUCGGUGCGGGCAGCUUUCCUGGAGAAGGAGAAUGCCCUGUUGCGGCAGGAGGUGGUGGCAGUGCGGCAGGAGCUGUCCCAUUACCGCGCUGUCCUCUCGCGCUACCAGGCCCAGCACGGGACACUGUGAGGCUCCGUCCACCCUGCCUGGGCAGCGCCCUAUUCCUUACUCAGACUUGCACCUGACACUCUUCCUCCCUCCUUGUUCCCUGGCCGAUGGUCUGGCCAGCUAGGUGACCCCAGGGACGUCAUGAUACAGACAAAUACAUUUAUAUUUUUAAGAAAAA